UACACGUACUCCUGCAGAUAUACACGUUUAUAUGCGUUAUUUUUGCUAAUCAUUGAUUUUGUUGGACACCUUUUCUAAUCUAAAUGUGGGAUGAUAGGACCUGCAGUAACUUUACACGUGUGGCAUGUAUGCUAGUCAAAGCAGAGCAGAUGACACGAGCAGAGCGGAAUUGCUGAAAGACGUGGCUAGCAAAUAACAAAGAUAUUACGCUAAAUAUGUGCUCCACAUUAAGUGACAAUGUGGCAGACCAUAUUAAAAGUCUUUUAAAUGACUUUAAAAGUCUUCACGAGCAGAGACUGGAGUAUAUUAACAAAAGUCCAGCAAAAAUGACGGGAGAGGAACUACAACAGAUGAAAGAGGAUGUGCUUCAGUGUUAUGUGAAAGACCUCACUGAACAGAACCAAGUCCUCAUCCAGGCCAUUGAAGAUUUACAAAAAGAAACUUUUUCCAAGUCUGGAGUGAGAGUGCAUUUGUCCUCUUCUAAAGUCUCUGCGGAGGAGCUCAAGGCUGUGUCUCUGUGUGAGCAUGUUGGCCCCACAGCACACUGCGCUCACUGUGAGUUUUCUUUGGCUGAAAUUACAACUUCGCUAGAGGCCCUUGAAGCCCAAUUGCAGACCAAGGACGUGGUCAUCUGUGAUCUGGAGAAGAAACUCAGAGAGAAUGAAGAGCAAAGUAAAAUGAGAAGAGCCGUGCUGCUGGAGAAUGGGGAGAUCCUGGCGUACCUGCAGACACAGCUGUCGUGUCUGCAGAAACUCCAGGAAGACAACAUAAAGGAGAUCGCAGAGAAAGACAUCUGCAUCACUAAACUGCGAGCCAAUAUGGAGGUGCUAAAACAAGAGGAGGCACAAACCACCGCUCAGCUGAAAGCCCAUGAAGAGCAUGUGAGGCGUGUGGACCAGGAUGUGGUCACUCUCCAAAGCACCGAGGACUCUCUGAAGAGGACCUUAGCCGUGAAAGAGAAACAUGCACAGGCACUUUCCCAGGACAAUGUACUACUCAAAGAGCGGAUAGCUACUCUACAGAACCAAUUGCAAAACAGUGAAUGUAUGGUGAGUGAAACAAGCAAGUCCCUGGACGAGGUUGGACAUAAUCUGGAAAACGAAAGAAGAGAGAAGGAAAAGAUACAAGACCUUCUUCUAACUGCUAACAAAGAGGUGGAGCGUCUAGAGGAAGAACUAAUUCAUUUGCGCCUGAGCACUGAAAAAAAGAUUCAGAGGAGAGAGACUAAAAUCUGCGCUCUACUGAAGGACCUCACAGACUGUAAGAGGCUCCAGAUGGACUGUCAGGCACAGUUGCUUGGUAAAGACAAAGCUUUUGACAAACUAUGUGAAGAGAAGGAUGAGCUCAGAGCCAAGAUGGCCGACCAACACAAAGAGUACAUUCACCUGAAGCAUAACACUGAGCGACUGGAGGCCGAUUUGGCUCUGAGCCACGAGAAACUGCACACCUCACACCUGGAGGUUAAGAGCCGAGACCAACUAAUUCUGCAGUUGAGAGGUGAAAUGAAGACAGCUGAACAAAAGCAUCACAUGGCAUUGGAACAGAUGGAGGUAUUGGAAGGUGAAGUUAGACGCUUGAACCUGAAGGUGAAAGGGCACAGAGAGGAGACCUGUCAGUUAAGUGAAGAGGUCAGAAGUAUGGAGCGCCUUAAGGAACUGGAGAAGCAGGAACAACAGCAGCUACACGCUCAGCUGUGUACAAGCCAUCAGCAGGUAAAGAGACAUCCUCCCAGUGCACUGCUCUACAGCCCAUUAAAACGAGUACAACUGCAAUUUGUGGAGAGUACAGAGGCCAAGAAAGCAUCCGGCGCUCUUGAGACAUCUGAAGAGAAGCUAAAGACGCAGCGCAGUGAGAUCGAACGUCUUCAUCAGCGUCUGAAAAAGGCUAAAGAACAGUUGAGAGAGGCCUGUCUGCACGCCCAGCUCCAGGAGGAAACUAUAGGCAUUUUUAAACAAAAGUAUGCCGCUGCCAUUGAAAAGGUUCACAGGGUGCAAGGACAAGUGGGAGUUUUAGAAGAGGAGCUGCGCUAUUCAAAACAACAGAUGAGAGAGUCCCAGAUUGCGAGUCAGGCUGUGAAAGAUGAACUUGUGGAAAUGGAGCGGCGUUAUCAGGAGAAGGUUGGGCAGUGGGAGAGGGCACAGGAGACUCUGGACCAGCUAACAGACGAGCUCCAGUCUGUCCACACUCUUCUCCACCAGAGUCAGAAGAAAACUGAGACCCAAGGAGAGACUAUUCAAUCCCUGCGGGGCCAAGUGGACUCACUACAACAACAGAAACUUGUGAUUGAGGGUGACCUGAAGGUUUACCAACAAAGCCAUUUAUAUUCUGAUGAUGAGUACCUAAGUCAGCUAAAACAAAGAGAGCAACUUCAAAAGCUCUGUGCAGAGCAGGUGGAGCACCUCGCCGAGUGUGAAAAGGCUAUUCUUCAGAUGAAGUCAGCGCUGGAGAGACAAGCUGAAGAAAAGAUGGAUCUGCAGAAAGAGUUUGUUGUGUUGCAGCGCACACACCUGAACAGUCGUAGGCAGCACCAACAGGAAGCAGAUCAACUGAAACAGGAAGUGACACGUUUGGAGCUGGAGCUGGCUCAGACCCAACAGGUGCAUGUAACGCUGCUGAAGUCCGAGGGAGAGCUGAGAGAGGCGCGACACGAAGCUGAGAGGAAGACCAGUGAGGUGCAGAGGCUCACACAGGAGCUACAGAAGGAGGAGCAGAGAAGGAGCAGCGCCAUCAAUGACAAACACAGGCUCAAAGCAUAUAUCCACCAACUCAGGAAGGAGCGGGAGGAGCUACGCACUAAGCACCAAGUGACAGUGGAGGAGUUGGCAGCCCGUGCAGAGGAGGCGAGGCGGAUGGAGGGCUGCCUGAAUAAGGAAAAGCUAGCAGAGGAGAAAAUAAGGUCAGUGGUGCUGAGGCUGGAGACUGAGCAAGCUGAGCUGAAGAGGGAGCUUCAGGAGGCUGUCCAUCUCAGACUCAAAGCACAAACAGAGAAACAGGAAGCACAGGAGCAGGUAGACUCGCUGCGAUUGGAGCUAGACGCAGUGAGAGCCAACAAUGAAAACCUGCGCAAAGAGAGCCAACUGGUGAUGACGAAUAUAGACCAAUGGAUCACACAACAAAAAGCGGCCAAUGAGAGCGUGUCUGCCCAGAUGAAAGCCCAGAGCACUGUUCUUAGCAUGGUCACUGAGGAGAAAGAACAUCUCCAGGAGGCCAACAGCGCACUCAAGGCAGAGCUACAGAGACUGAAAGGGAAGGCAGAGGAGAAGGAGAGGGAGCGCUUAAAGGUGCAAGUACAGCUACAGGGCCAGUUUGCAGAGCAGAGAUGUUGUUGCCGCGACGACCGAACAGUCGAACAAGAGACUUGCAUUGCUUCAAAUCUGUGCAAAAUCGAGGAGAUGCAGACCAGACUGCAAAACAACCUUGAGGCCGUCCAGAAGCUAAAUCAACAAUUAAAUAUUCUGGGCCGGGAGAACAGGCAUUUGCAUAGGACACUGCAGGAGGAGAGGUCUCUGAGAAGACAAGGGGAACGCAUUUCUUCAACCUCCCACAAGACCUCCUCCACCCAACCACUUCCUGCCUUCUCCUCCCUCCACUCCACUCCUCCCGAGACCAGCGCACCAGACAGGUUUCCGACUCAAUUCAAAGAUGGGGCAUUCACGUUGGAUAGGCCAGCCGGGUCGCAGGUUUUGGGUAAAACGCGCUACAUGAAGCCCACUCAGAAGCGCCAGACUUCGCUUAAAGAAGAGCGAUGGAGAGAGAGUGUGAAUGUGAUCAAAUGAAAGGCCCCUGAAGAGUUUGACCUCCUGUGACCCCGGUGACCCCCAUGUCUCACUAGGGAGUCCACGCACUAUAAGGUUAAUGUCCUGCAGGUCAAUGUCACGUCCCACUGUGGAUUUAGCCUAAGGGGGAGCUCCACUUUGAGUGCAUGAAGGAAUUUUCUUAAAUCAUCAAAAAAGGAGAAAAAAAAUCUUCUAAAACUUCAGUUAUCCCGGACUGUGAAGCAAUUUUUCUAAAGCACUUAAACACUGAUAGACUUGGAACAGCGGGCCCAUUGUUUUAAGUACUGUGAUAAAUUACUGUUGAUUAUAAUGUAUGACACAAAUGAAGUAAUUGCAGGAAGUGACUAAUGCUGAUGACUGUCUUACUGUGAACAGAUUAGCACUGGCACAUAGAUCCAUGUGUUGGUGUAAUGAGUGGAGAAAACAGCUGCUUCCCAUGUGCCUAGAAUUAGCUGUAUGGCUACAUAUGUGGGUGUAUUGUGUAGCUUGAAAUCUGCUGGGGAAGUACUUAGUUAGUACUUACUUAUUUUAAUUGUAAAUUAUACUAAAUGUUAAA